AUGAAGGCGUCGAUCGACAAGCGGAUCGUUUACAAUAAUUGUAUACACUAUUUGGAUAUCUACAUCAACGACUUGAUAGUCGUUCAAGAGGAGGUCUUCAAUGUGCUCAAGGAGGAAUUCAAACCCGAAAAUGUUUGUGAGCCGACAUCAUCCCCAAAGUACUUGACAGUGAUGUCAAAAUUCUGCUCUAGUUCGGCUAGCAGAGGCGAUAUGUACAAGAACGUCAUAUAUUAUAAAGCACUGCUUUGUUUGCGGCACACAAUUCACCUUGAACCAAAAAGUCUUGUGCCACGAAUUUUGGCUCUGCGGUGGUCAGCGUAUGUCGUCGUAGGUGAGUGGGAGAUGGUGGAGAUGGCGUUGGCGUUCGAGAAGAUGAAACACCAAGAGGCAUUGGUUGAUGAUGCUUUAUCAAUGACCCAAUUCUGU